UCUUUUCGACAUUUGCAAAAAAAAUUAUGAAGAGAAUAACAAAGAUUUUAAUGUGAUUAAAUGCCCAACGUAGUAAAAAUAUUUUGUGAAAAGUCUACCACAGCGGAAUAUAAAGAGAGGAAAAUAUUUAUUUAAAUUCUAAAACAAGGUUAAUGAAAAACAUUUUUAAAGUUCUAUGAGACACAAAAAUAAUGAUGAAGUCCACAACAACAGCAACUACGACAAAGGGAUAAAGUUAUGCGUCAGCAAAUGUUUACAUACAAUUUGAGUUUGGAAAAAAUACACAGACGACACCACCGUGUAGUAUUUUUUGGUGUCGACAAAUAGAAAAGAAGUUGAAGGACAAAAGCAGCAGCACCACCAUCAAGUCACAAACCAGUCAUCAAGUUUGCGAAGCACUGAUAACGUUGAUUUCCUUUGACUUGUAACAGCGUGUUGCGGUCACCAUGGAGUCAGCCGAUGUUUUAAUGGAAGAAAAGAAACUGAUGGCCGAGGCGAAGUACCGCAACUACAUGUCAAACAUUGAUAAGGCAUUGAGGAACUUUGAGUACUCAAGCGAAUGGGCGGAUUUGAUAUCGGCAUUGGGCAAACUCAGUAAGGCUAUUUCCAGCAACACUCAAUAUCAGAUUAUACCAAGACGAAUUAAGAUUUCGAAACGUUUGGCUCAAUGCAUGCAUCCAGCUUUGCCCUCAGGUGUCCAUUUAAAAGCCUUGGAGACCUAUGGUGUUAUAUUUGGGAAGACCGGACCAGAGAGGCUGGCAACGGAACUGUUUAUUUACAGCUCGGGUCUAUUCCCUCUUCUGGGCUAUGCCGCAAUGAAUGUGCGACCCGCCUUGUUGGGUAUAUAUGAAACCUAUUUUGUACCAUUAGGAGAAAAACUACGACCUGCAUUAAGUGGUUUCCUUAGUGGAGUACUACCUGGAUAUGAAUGCGGCUUGGAUCACUUUGAACGUACUAGCUCUUUGCUGACGCAAGUCUGUCAAGCUGUCAACCCAACUCAUUUCUAUACCGUCCUUUGGGAGUGCGUUGCUACGAAUGCGCCUGUACGUUUGCCAGCAAUCACCUAUUUGUUGGAGCAUUUCAACAAGCGAAUGAGCAUGCAGCAGCAAAUAUAUGUAAUGGGUCAUAACCGGGAUAUAAUGAUGUCUGGGCUGUGUGCCUGUCUAAAUGACAAUGUGAUUUUGGUUCAACGAAAUACACUGGAAUUUCUACUACUAGGUUUCCCGAUGCACACUAAACUCUUGUCGGAUGCCGAUUUAGCCAAAUUAGUGACAAAUGGUCUAAACACCAUUCUUAGAAGAGACAUGUCUUUAAAUAGACGUUUGUAUUCCUGGCUAUUGGGUUCCGAAGUUAUGAAGAACUCUCCCACCUAUGAAACUGAACCUCCUUUGCCAACCACAUCUACAGAUGGAGUUUCAAUAGAAUCUCAACCAGAGUCCUAUUUUGAGAAACAUUCAAGACAUGUUGUUAUACAAGCUAUCAUCACAACGUUGAAAUUCAGCCUGGAAUGUUCUCCUGUCGAUUUGAAGCCAUAUCGCAUAAUGGUAUCGCUAUUGGACAAAGCUGAAAUAGGCAGUGCUGUCUUAGACUAUGUUCUCUGCGACAUAAUUCGCACUAUGUCUCUAUCUAUAGGGAAUGUAGAAGUGAUAAAGUCAUCAAACUUGCUUUUUGCUACAUUCGAUCCUGCUUAUAUAUGGAGUUUUAUGACUACCAUGUUUGAAAAGUCAUGCAAGAAGACAAAACAAACGAUCUCAAAUGCAGAGAAACACAGAAAAUCCUACAAUCGCUCAAUUAGUAAUGGAAGCAGUGGCGAACAACGAUUCCAGUGUGUUGUAGGCUCCGGUGACCCUAGUUUAGUGGAGAUUUGCUACUUAACCGAGUUUUUGCUGGAGACCAUUUCUUUGGAAAUGUACAAUGAAACCACGCGUAUAUAUUUGCCAAAAGUAUUUCUAGCUAUAACUCAAAUGCUGACAGUGCACUUGGAGAAUUUGUCUGAUGAAGAAAUAACCGCUUCCCUGAAGCUCUGCAUGAAAAUCGUUUCCCGAGUUCAGCCAAUGAUAACAAGUCCUGUCAAGCUUAUGCCCCGCUCUCAGCAAAAAGCAGCAACCUCGGAAAAAACAGAAAAUAGUUCCAUUAAAUCACAGCCCCUUGCAAAUUUAAUGGGGGCAAAUGCCUUGGAAAAGAGCAAAUCGGAUUCCAAACUUGAUCAGUUUGCAAGUCAAGAAGGUCACACAAAUUCCAUGUCUUUGACAAACGACGAAGAUAAUAUUCGCAGAUCUAACUCCAAUCAAAAUAUUGAACGCAGAAGUCCAACCAAGAAGAAAAAAGCCAAGUCAUUUUCCAAACUAUCUGAACUAGAUAAGGAGAUUUGCCCAGACACUGGCCAGUUAAUUGACCCUCGACAAUCAUCAUCGGACUUAGAUACUCCAACAAGCAUAAAGAAAAUUAAGGCAAAGGGGAGGCAAACGCACAAUCGCUUGCGCAUGAGUCCCAAAAAGUCCAGACCGCAAGAACUUGUAUUGCCUGAGAAUAAGCAAGCAACAAGCAUGGACUUUGUACAUUCCAAUGCAGAAAGUCGUUUAGAUACCCCCGUCGUGGAUUACCAAGACGAAGAGCCCAAAAGCGCUCCCUUGGAACAAGUAUCCAAGCAAACUGAAGGUUUCGUUUUUAACUAUCAAGACCUUAACAAGGAGGGCGGUUUGCAACAGACAAACGACAACUAUACGGCAACGGCAUCCAUAUUAGAGAAGUGUAUUAAACAGUAUGAAAUUUUUUUCGAAGUCUAUUUGUGUCACAAAGUCUUAAGUUUCAAACAGCGCCAACAACAGUCUGACAACAUCAAAUGCUCAAUUAAGGUUCAAGUGGAGAAACAGGAUACGCUCGCCGAUGCCAGUAGGCUACCUAAUGUUGAAAAUAUUUUCAAACAUGAAAAUGUUUACGAAGAUAUUAAUCCAAUUCGUCUCUUGGACAUAGACAAUCUAUUUGAAACAUUAAAAAUUCAUGUAAUCAAUCGCUCCAAACAACUUAAUUCACUACUCAACCGCUCAUUGUUAAUCGAUGGCCAAUCCGAACAUACUGAUGAGGGCAGUGAUGGCGAAGAGAGUUUAUAUGACUUGGACGAAACGACCAAAAAGCGUUUGCAGUCAUUGCUGGACUUACAAUUGACGCCAUCGCUGAGACAAGCCGUGAAAUUAUCGGUAAAUCUUUUGGUAGAAAUGUCUACAUUCCCGAAUUGCAAUAAAAAUAUAACGCUGGAAAAGACCGAAAAGGAAUUGCCCAGCUGGUUGAAAGUUCUGUGUAUUAUUGCGUGUUAUAGCCAAAAUGACAAAGAGCUGCAGCUUUCAUCGAUCACGACUUUAUUUGAUCUAAUAAGCUUACUGAAAUCUCAAAUUGAACAUACCACCAGUCCUGGCGUGACAUAUGUCGUUAUGUUACCUCUACUAAAGUUCGGUCAUGUUCACUACAUAGAAAGACGUACCCGAGUUUUUCAAUUAUUGACUUCAAAUCUGUGGGACUACCUGGGAGAACUCAAUGUGGAUAACACACAAGUUUGCGCUUUGCUUUACCAAUUACAUAACUGCCUUGAGAGUGGCCUUGUAGAGCGCAUUAUAGACAACCGAAUGUAUGCCAAGGCAAUGCAACAACAUUUCACUGCAGCUUACGAUGCCGUUGAUACUGGAGUUCUAAAGAAAAAGGCAUCGAAAAUGUCCGCGAACACGUCCUGGGGUGCUUACAAUUUUGACAGAGCUACUGACGUCCAUAAGAUGUGUGUUACACCCACACUUAUGGUUAAACGCGGUGCCAUAGAGCAAUUGAGUGAAAGUGAAUCGAUAAGUUUCAGAAAAUACGAGCUGCUUUGGCACUUGGGUCGUGAUAAACAACAAACGCGGGGCUUUGAAAAGAUACAAUUUAAAGUAUUGGAUACUUUGGCAUUGCCCCCUUAUAUGUCGGUUAGAACAUGUGUGACCAAGUGGCUCCAGUCUGCCUUGCUGAGAGGCGACCUGUCGCGUCUUAUCAAGCCUUUAUAUAAAAUACUUUUGGCAUCCACCACCAAACGAGUCGGUAUAGUACAUUUGCACCUUCUACGAAAGGGCUCAGACGACAAUGCAUUGAUCGCCAUGAAAGAUGGAACAGGUAGCCGAUUAAAAAACAACUCUGGUGAUGUUGAGAGUUCUGUAGAAGCCGAUGUUUAUGCUGUCAGCUCUGAGUACGGUAACAUUCGCUAUAUCACCGAUUCAACGAGUCACAACAAAAAACGUAGUCCCAUACGAUCGAUACAAAAGAAAAUAUUUGGCGUUUCGCUGAGCAGUAAAAAUAAAACAUCAAAUUUUGUCAGUGAUCAAACACCAAAUACGACAUCUCCCAAUGUGGGUGCUAUAGAUGUUGCAACAUUGUCCACCACCACCAUAGGUCUAAUUGUCAAUCCUUUAGAUAACUCCUUAGAUUUUGACGAUGACCAAGAACCAGAAGAGAUAAAAUGUAACAAAAAGAUGUCUGCGGAAGAUUUUGAUCCCGAAGAUCUGGAUGAAGAAGACGAGAACGAUGAUCCCUUGUAUGAGCAGGAUUUUACAGAUGAAUCGGAUAGCAGUCUUUACGAUUCGGAAUCCGAACAACGAGAGACAAGUGCAGAAAAAGAUGACUCCAUAGCAGCACCCAACAGUGAAUAUGAGAAUAAGACGUGUCUUAAACGUUAUGUGGGUCCCAUUGAGAGUGUAACAGAUGUUUUGUCGCAACAUGAGCGCACAAAAAAUCGUAAAACUUAUCACUUAACUCGGGAAAAAACACCAGGUGAAACUAGCCUUACAUCAACCACCACCGACGAACAUGGACCUUUGUCGCUGGAAAUAGAAAACGACGAAGGGGAAGAAGUGCAUCCAGCCGAUGAGUACUUUGAUACAAAAUCUGAGGAACGUCAAGUAGAAUCGUUUGUAGAGGAUUUAAUAGACCAAGUUAAGGAGACCUCUAUCUCGUCUAAACGCAAAAAAACAUCAAAGAACCAUUUAAAGAAAUUAAGAUCCAAGAAAACGUCCCAGUUGUCAGGCCAAGAAAAAUUAGACAAAAAGCGAAUGAGUUGCAUCUCUAAAAUAUCCACUGAUAGUAACAACAGUUUUACCAACGGCGAAAUUGCCAAGGAGAAUGAAGACGAGGAUGACAACUCGGGCAAAUUUAUCAACAUCGAAGAGAAACGUAAAACUUUAAAUCUGGAAACUUCCAAAUCUCUUAACAAAGAGUGGGAGCUAACCCCGGAAACACUGGAGAAGAGUAAACAAAAUUUGGAAAUACUAAGACAAUCUGCUUCAUCGCAACUUCUCAAACACGAUAUGUCCAGCAAACGAUCAUCAACAAAGAGUUCUUUAUCUUACGAGGGUUCGUCAAAGCGCCUUCAAAGCGAAAAAUUGUUACCUUUAUUCCAGAAUCACAUGCUCAUCUAUAUGAACGUGUACGAUACCAAACAAACUUUAUACGCUUUUCAUACGCUGCGUAACAUUAUUUCCUGUGACACUCGAACUUUCCUAUGCCUCUCCAUAACCACCUCAUUGUCUAGUGGUUCUCUCAAACAACUGCUUACUAGACAUCGCAAAUGCAUAGCGGGAAAAGGUUUCCUGGGAAGCAUAACGACAUCAGAGUACGCACAAAGCUAUCGUGGCUGCAUGCACUUGGAAGUAUUGCUGCUGUUAUGUCUUUUCUAUGCACGCGGCCUAUUCCAUGUGGAAUCUCUAGAUUCAACCAGCGAACCGCCCACUAGGGUCGAUAUAUUGGGCAAUUGCCGUGUGCAGCUGGAAAGUGUGGAACUGUUGACCCUGAUUUGCACGGAGCUAAUAGAGAUUGUCAAGGGUAUGGGAAAAGGCUUGGCCUGUUAUCUGGCCGAUUUAAUGGCCCGUUGUAAGCUCCAAAAGGUGAUUUUACAUUGCCUAAACUCCUCUGUAAAUACCUAUGGGCAUUUUUAUCAUGGUUCUACUCUAGCUGAGCAGAUUAUAAAUUUUAACAACCCCCAUGACGAUAAUCUGCACGCCGAAGCACUACAAAUACAACUGCUGCGGCUUCUGAUGGUGGUCAUUAAAUUGGAGUAUGAGGUUAUUUUGCUGAAAAACGAUAUAGGCCUUGGGCCACUUAAUGACAAUGCCGGUGAUUCGGGGAGCAUUUCGCCCACUCGCCUCUCAUCCACUGAAUCCCAGUUGACGUCGGUGAAAUAUUUACCCAACUGUGUAAUUAGCCAACAACCGAUGUUUCUCUCGGCCAUACUAAGUGCUUUGCAGGAUGAACGGUUGCAAUCUUUGCAUCAUAAUUGGACGGACCUCGUGACGUCGUCUCUAAAUUGUUUUAAAUUUGGUUCCCUUACAAAUAUAGUCAUAAGUGUGGUGCAUCAACUAUGUAACAAUAUAGACCAGUUGACAAAACUCAAGCUAAACGAGCAAAAGGGAUUGCCACCAGACUAUGUUAUCUCGCAACUUGAAGCUAUUACUGUAUUGUGUCACUACUGCCUACUGGACAACACGCAACAGACCACGCUGUCGCAGCUGUUCAACCAGGCGUAUCCCCAAACAAGUUCUAUAGCAUCACAAAACUCAAAUACAGGACAACUGUUCAAUAGCAUUGUUCACUCCCUAUUGCCCGGCGGUCCAUCAUCUGGAGCGUCCACUUUAAAUCAGGCGGACUCGCAAGCCGCAAAAAAUCCCCAAUUGCUAGCAGCCAGAAAUGCAGUGCUUUCGCAUCUGCCACGCAUAGUCUCUAGUGUGGCUGCCGUGUGGGACAGUGAUCUAGGUCAAAUUAGACAAAUUAAACAGCAAUUGAUGGAAUUCCUGUCUCCCAUAUCGUUGCAUCAUGGGGCAAACUUCUUGGCAGCCAUAGCUGUCACUUGGCAAGAAAGGGGAGAGUAUCAUCGCAAGAAGUCGGCGAAUGAGUACAAAAACUUGUCAAUAGCUCAACAAUACCAGAGAAACUCCGUGCCUCAGGCCUGUAGUGAACAAUUGAGUUUGGUAUCUCUUGUCUCUAGCAUUAGGGUUAUGCCCAUGGAUUCGUUUGUACAGACACUGCACCAAGUAGUCAAGUCGCCGCCGCCGAUUCACCGACCACCAAGCAAUUUAAACAUAGAGGUGAGUGCCUUAGAGUUGUUUUACUUCUAUAUGAAAUCGGCCCCCGCACCGCAAUUGGGGGAUUCUUGGACAUCGCUUUUGGCAUUGCUGAGAGAUGGUCUGUCGUUGACGCCACCAGCCCAAUUUACAUUGCUAAUGCUUUUGAAUGAGUUCGUGCAAAGAUGCCCCCAAAUGCCUUUUCAGGAUAAAAAAGAUAUACGUGAUUUGCACGAUGUGACCUCAAGGUUGGUAGACUCCUUGUCUAAUGUAGCGGGUUCGUGUUUGGAACAAACUACCUGGCUGCGGCGCAAUUUAGCUGUGAAGGAAGAUAUCACACCCUUGGUCACAGAUGGCGAUACAACCUCAACCUCUAGCUCUGGAGGCACCGCAAUACUGCAAAAACAUUCGGUGCAGGCUCAAAGUGUGCUUGCAGCCAUACUUGCUAACCUCUUGGACGUGGCCUAUGGCUCCCAGGAAAAAGAUAAGGUGGUUUCAAUCAUUACCACGCUGCUAUACAAUAUAACGCCUUAUCUGAAGAAUCACACCACGCGCAACAUACCUUCUUUCUAUGCCUGCUCCAGUUUGUUGGCCUCCUUGAGUGGCUAUCAAUAUACGCGCAAAGCUUGGCGCAAAGAUAUGAUGGAUCUGCUACUAGAUACCUCAUUCUUCCAAAUGGACAUCAGUUGUUUGCCAUUCUGGAAGCAAAUCAUGGACAGUUUGAUGACCUAUGAUAAUACCACGUUCCGUGAACUAAUGAGUCGUGUUUCAUUGACACAAACGGGCAGUUUGAAUAUCUUCGCUUCGCGAGAGCAGGAAUAUGAGCAGCGUUCAAUGUUACUAAAGCGUUUAGCCUUUGUUAUAUUUUGUAGUGAAUUUGACCAAUACCACAAAUAUAUGCCCGAAAUUCAAGAACAAUUGGCCAAUAGUUUGCGCUUGCUAUCCAACGUGCCUUCCGUGCAAGCUGCGGUGUUCUUGUGCUUCAGGGUAUUACUGCUGCGAAUGUCACCCGAUCAUGUAACUUCAUUGUGGCCGAUAAUCAUAGCUGAGAUGGUGCAAGUUUUCUUAGCCAUGGAACAGGAACUAAAAACAGAAGGCGAUGACCUGAGCCAACAUAUUCGCAUGGUUACUGGUAUGGACACAUCGUGGUCCUCCUCAAGUGCUAAUGGGAUAACAUCACAAAGUCAGUUAUUUUACUGGCGCUCAGUGCAGUUAGAAGCAUCCAAACUUUUGGAAAUGGGUUGUGUUUUGCCAGCCACCCUUUUGCCACACUUCCAAAUGUAUCGUUGGGCAUUUGUGGGCACCGAAUUUGAUGUAGCCGACAAAGUCACAGCAAAUGGUGGCAUGGUCAACGAGGACAAUUUGGGCCAAAUGACUCUCUAUGUGCCUCAUAUAAGACGCAUUGCUAGACUAAUGGACAUGAAGUACACAGUGCACUCACCGACUCUGAAUAUAAAGCGUGGCAGGCAUUUAAUGCUUACAUGCCAACAGAUAACAACCCUACAAGAUUUAUACGGUUUCUUUUCGACACUGAGUGUCACUUGUCCCAAUCCCCACAACUAUGCAGAUAUUGACCAUGAGGUCAACAAUUGCUUACAGGAAAUUGAGGAGAUUUUGUCCAAAGACUUUUUGGAAAAAAUCCCCUCAAGUUCCACCCCGAGGUGAAAGGAAACUCAAGAGGACGCAGCCCAUGAAGUAGCUGAAGUGCAGGUCACUCCACUGCGCAAUGAACCAAGUAGCAACGCCGCCCAAACUAAAAGAUUCAGCAACCUUAGUUCUUCGCCCUUGUGCUCUAUGCAGCCCUCUGCUUUGUCGCUGCUAGAACGCCGGUCGACUAUAUCACCUCUGAGUCGUGCAAUUCUAACGUCAAAACAUGAGACCAAUCAUCUUCCAUUUUAUGUCUAAUGAAUGAAUAGUAAAACUACUACUUGUGGCCUAAAUUUUUCUCGUUUUUAUAUUCUUUUAACAACAAAAACCGCCUAACUAUCCUACUUUUCUUCUCUAAAUAGCUUGAAUAUCUUUUAAUAACUUCCAAGGGUAAAUGUUAAAAUUGAACUCUUAUCGUUAUUAAUGACAUAUAUACAUAUUAUACAAUUACACACACACACACACAUAAACAUAAACAACCCAAAACAAACACACACGCAUAUAAAUAAUGGGAAAAUAAAUAAAGAACUGUAAUUAAA